AUGUCAUAUACGGAAUUGUUGCCUUAUCUCCUCCAAAAGCGUUUGGUGGCCAUCUGUCCGAUGAAGCCUGUGCAACCUCCGUUCCCCAAGAAUUAUGAUCCAAAUGCCAAAUGUGAUUAUCACGGAGGGGGAGUUGGUCACUCUACUGAGAAUUGUGUGUCCCUUAAACACAAGGUGGAAGCUUUAAUCAACUCAGGAUGGAUAAAGUUCCACGAAGACAAACCCAGUGUUGAGGCUAAUCCACUUUCUGGUCUUGGGAACCCUUCGACAAAUGCCAUUGAGGUUAAAAAACACCGCCUGGUGAGGGAUGUGAGUGAAAUUCGAAGCUCCAAGCGGUUUGUUUUUGAGACACUAUUGAAAUUGGGUUUGUUAAAAGGGGAAUAUAACCUGAGUGAAAAAUGUGGAUUCCAUCCGAGUGCUAAACAUUCUAUCAAUGAAUGCACCGAGUUCGAGAAUGUUCUACAAAAUCUUAUAGACAAAAACUUUGUGCAAGUAUGUCACGUGGACAUGGAGGAAAAAGUAUUUGCACAAGAUGGUGCGGAACCCGGUGUGACUUUGCCAGAGCCAUUGGUGAUUCAUUUCACUGGAUCCACCUCUACCCCGACAAUUCAAGAAAGGCAAUCUAUUAUUAUCCAAGCACCCUCCCCAUUUCCCUACAAAAGUGAGAAAGUUGUCCCGUGGAAAUAUGGUGCAUACGUGUUGGGUGAGGAACAGCGGGUAGGUGGUCAACCUAUCAGUGGUGAGUUAGUGGUGAAAAAUAUAUCAGGCAUCGGUGGAAUUACGAGGAGUGGUCGAAUCUUUACGCCUCCAAACUUGGUGAAAAAUGGAGUUGGCAAUAGUGAAUCAGUGAAUACCAAAAAGGCUAAGGAACUCUUGAAAGGGAAGACCAUCCAAACCGACGAGGGUCUAAGAAAAGACGAUGGGAAAGAAAUAUCUGAUGAGGAGGCUUGCGAGUUCUUGAAGUUCAUACAACAAAGCGAGUAUAACGUGGUCGAACAGUUGAAUUGCCUGCCUGCUCGAAUCUCACUUUUAGAACUACUCAUGCAUUCAACCUCUAAUAGAAAGUUGUUAAUGAAGAUACUCACUGGAGCGCAUGUGGAGCAAAAUAUUUCUCUGGACAGUUUUGAGGGAAUUGUUAGCAAUAUCACUGCUAACAAUUACCUCACUUUUACCGAUGAGGAGAUACCUACUGAAUGGAGGGGUCACAAUAAGGUCCUCCAUGUCUCUGUAAAAUGCUUGGAUCAUGUCAUAGCACGUGUAUUAAUCGACAAUGGAUCUUCCUUGAAUGUAAUGUCGAAAGCAACAUUGGGAAAGCUACCGUGUGAAGGUAUUCACAUGAAACCAAGUGCAAUGAUAGUGAGAGCUUUCGAUGGGAGUAAAAGAGAAGUAAUGGGAGAGGUAGAAUUGCCAAUCCAAAUAGGUCCAUGUGUCUUUCAAAUAACUUUCCAAGUGAUGGACAUCCUUCCAGCAUACAGCUGCUUGUUGGGUCGUCCUUGGAUUCACUCAGCGAGCGUGGUACCUUCAACCUUGAACCAAAAGUUAAAAUAUGUCAUGGGUGACAAAUUAGUGACUGUUUCAAGGGAGGAAGAUAUUUUAGUGAGUGGGCCUUCAUCUUCUCGCUAUACUGAAGCAGCAGAGGAAGCCCUCGAGACAGCCUUCCAAUCUUUGGAAAUUGUAGGUAAUGCCUAUGUGGAGCCCUUUCCAAUGAACCCACACUUGUCGCGUACUUCCCUUAUGACGGCCAAGGUCAUGUUGAAAGAGGGAUAUGAGUACGGAAAGGGGCUAGGCAAGUACGAGCAAGGAUUGACAUAUCCUUUAGAAGUCACCGAGAAAAAGAAUAAAUACGGCCUUGGAUACAAGCCUACUAGAGAGGAUAAGAGGAGGCUGGCGGAAGAAAGGAGAGAGCGCGGUGUGGCUCGAAUCCAAGGAAAAGAACUGGGGUUAGGAAAGAUUCACAACUGCGACAUCAAAGAUAGCUUUCGCAGUGCGGGAUGGAUUAACAGUAGUCAGAUAGCAGCUGUCAGAGAUGAAGAUGAACCUGAAAGCUUGAUUUUUGUGCAACCUUGUGCUCCAAAUGCACUACUCAACAAUUAG